GUUCGGUGUGUGGAUCUUCAUUCGUCAUGUUCGUUCAGUGGGGUUAUGCACUGCGCCUCACCGCCUGAGAUGACACAACUGACUUGGCGGCGGUAGCCUCAAACAUUUUACCGCUGCACAUUUCAAUAUACACAUCGAUGGACAACCAAGACAGGUGAUAGUCGUCAGCUUGUGUAGAAGUUCGAGUACUAUAUGAUCAUCGUUGAAAUGGAGGACAACAAAAUCACUACCUGGAGACUCCCCCGUCGCCUGCUCUCAGCGACGGACAACGCUCUCCUGCGGUUGCCAUCGAUCACGGACUCCAUCGCACAACUCCCCGCCAAACUCCGCGAAUCAACAUUCCGGAAACAAGACGCCGAUCUAGCAGCCCUCGAAUGCUACAGGUACCAUGCUCUUAGGCGCCAUAGACACAUUCGCGUUUUGAUUCUCCAUCCCGGAACCGGCGACGAAGAAAUAUACUGCACUCUGGAAGUGGCACUGCUCGACAGGGCUCCAGCUUACGAGGCACUUUCUUAUGCCUGGGGAGACUCGAAAGACAUAAAAGAACGACACGCCAUACGAUGCGGCAAUGGACGCUUCAAUAUCAUGCCCAAUCUGUUCGAGGCACUCAAACGGUUGCGUGACAGCUCAGCAAGGCGCGUGCUUUGGAUAGAUGCCAUUUGCAUCAACCAACACGACGAUGAAGAGAAAAGUUUUCAGGUGCAGCAAAUGUCUGAGAUCUAUUCUAGUGCAUCUAGGGUGCUCAUCUGGCUGGGUGAAGAAACAGAGAGUGUCCCAGCGGCUUUCGAAGCCAUUCGGUUGACCCGUCUGUUAUUCCCUGAAGAAGAUGCACAGGCAAAUGCGGAAGCGAUGUCACCGAAUCAGAUACAGUUCUAUGAGCAGCGCCACUUUGACUACGUGGAAUCUGGUGAAAUGGUACGAAUCUUUAAAAUGUUUGAGCCGGUAAUGGAGCUGUUAUCGCGGCCGUGGUUCUCGAGGAAGUGGAUCGUUCAAGAAGUUGUUCGAGGCCGGAACAGCCUUAUUGUUUGUGGAUCACACACACUCUCCUGGAGUAUUCUUGAAGAAACUUUCAGCCACAUGAGAUUUCUAGGAAUGGAACAAUACUGGAGACCGUAUUUUUCCGAUGCGGAGUUGACGUGCUUCAACACAGUUACCACCCUUGGGACUUUGAGAAUCCCUAGUGUUACAACGAUGUUUGCACAACUCGUGCGCGAAACUCGCAGACUCAAGGCCACUGUUCCUCGCGAUCAUCUCAUUAGCAUGGUUGCUUCAGAUCUCAACCCUGACGAUGUCAGGUUCAUCGUGAACUAUAGUAUCCCGACAACGACUGAAUAUCUAAUGAGGUUUAUGGAGUGGAGUGUCCAAACCAAGAGGACAUUAAAUUUUCUAAGUUCCGGCUUCGAACAAGCAGAUGUUGUCGACCCGACACAACCAUCCUGGAUAUUCGAUGUCACUGCGUGGGAUCACCACGGUGGUCCCCAUGCAUCAACAUUAUAUUUAUGCCCACUGUGUCGCUUGAAGGUUCUCCAAUUGAGGCAAGUUUUGACUUUGAGGACAGGAUAAUGUCUAUCACGGGCACCAUUGUAGACGAGAUCGCUGCAGCUGGAACCCCACGCAUGAUGGAAUAUUCGGAUUCCAUGGGCUCCUCGAGAAUAGAUAAAAUGAAGGAACGAGACGCCAUUGGAGAUAAAAAUUACAGUUCAGUGCGACAAUACUACGCGGAGUGCCAAGAAAUCGCCACAGAAGACUCAAAUGCUCUUGGAACUCCCGGCUUCGAAGGCUUUUGCAACGUCCUGACAUGGGAGAGCUGUAUCUAUCUCAGCUUGAGUGAAGAUAUAACUCAGGAGUAUGUAUGUUCGCAAGUUCAAGCGAUAAUGACAGCAGCUGCCACACAUGCCGAUCGAGCAUCCCUAUCCAUAGGAAGCAAAACCCAGCCACUAGAUACUAAAGUAACACUCUAUAUCGAGUCGCACGCGAAUGCCCGGCGUUUUUCGCGGACGGCUAAAGGAAGACUGGGAUCUAUGCCCAGGUAUGCAGAGGUGGGAGAUAAGGUAUGCUUGUUCUAUGGGGGAACAUGUCCAUAUGUUGUUCGACCCCGCGGGGAUGGAACAUAUAGAUACAUCGGCGAUUGUUAUGUUGACGGAAUCAUGUAUGGUGAGGCUAUGAUGGAAGAGCGCAAGUCAGAAGUGUUUACUCUCGUUUGAGUUUGGCUCUGCCAGCGAGAGAGUUCUGCCCAUCACCUCGAUCUUAGAACGGAAAUAGGAGUGACAGAUUGCCCACUAUGGUGCCGUCCCAAGCAUCGCACUUUUGAUUUUCACGAUGAACCUAGAUCGCGGCUGAGGAUGAGGAAAUGCCGCGGAAUCCAAGAACAUUUACUCCUGUCGCUCACCUCAUGAACAGUGUCCAGAUUCCGGAUUCAACACCUUCUGAUCCAAAGUAAAGAACAAUACCGAAGCGGACCCAUCAAGUCCAGGUUCGACUUUCAAACACCAACAUCACUGCAGGAGUCAACGGCCGCAUACGAUGAAAUUUGCCCUCCCUCGAAGAGCAUUCGCCAAAAUGUCUCCCCAGACUGACAGAGCGACCCUAGCCGAGACAACCCAAACAACCAUAACAAUUGGUCGCAUCUUUCUCGGCCCGCCCCGUCUGAAGUUACCGCCGACCAAGAAACUGCUCAAAUCUUAAAUACCGGACCCAUGGCACGAUCUUGGAUCCUCAAGCAACGCCUUUCAUUUAAUCUAGUCUGUCAAAAUUUGAUUUGAUAUGCAGCUGGUCCUCGCAUUCUUCCUUCUUUGUACUCAUUAUCUCAAUCGUGUGUGUGCGUCUUUCGUCAAUGAUGAAUGAUUUUGGGGAUGUAGAAAUAGGAGAACCUUUCAACAUCAGCUGGGAUUCGUCGACACAAGGUCCUGUGACUUUGGAAUUAUGGGGCAACACUGAUCCCGUACGAACAAUUGAGUUAUUCAAUGUCAGCACAAUUGCAGGCGAGUGGUCUCUGUGAAAUAUGACUCGGGUAUCUCUGACGUCCAGAAGUCAUACUGUCUGGUAACAGCUUCCAAUGGGCACCAGCUUCAUCGUUGGAAACAAACAUCACAUACGCCAUGUUCCUCAAUAGCGAAGGUAGCCAGGAACGUUCACAGCCCUUCAAUUUGGUCAAGAAGGUGGAGAGCUCGAGUGCUACGUCCUCUCCAUCCAGUACUACAACGGCGCGUAUCUCAUUACGUUCCAAUUCAUCAACCUCAAUUCCAAGAUGAUUGACAAAAGCCGUGCAUUCUAGCUCGCCAAGUCAAGUUCAAGCAGCAUCAUCAACACCCACAUGCCAAGCCGCAAUCACUCUCCCUACGAUACCCAGCCCCCAAGCUUCAAGGAACAUCAGAAUCGCAGUAGCAAUGACCAUCAUCACCACUGUGAUUUAAUAGUCGUCGCUAUAAUUUUCUAUGAGCACGGCAAACAGGUCGCUUCGCGAAGCAAAGACACCGGGUCAGCUUCAAGCUCAAGUUACGAUUCCUCUGGUGGCGGAAGCGGAAGCGAUGGGUUGCAACUCUUCGAAGGCUUCUCAGCGAAGGAUUAAAAUGUCUCCUCUGUGACUUGUAAUUCGUGCGGCAUUUUUCUGGUUGGCAAAGGGGAAAGGUGUGUGGACGAGGGACUUGUUGGAUUGGGGAUCAAGGCGCAGGAGGAGGGGAGGAAGAAGAUCAAAUCUUUGCAGAGUAUUUAUGAGCUGGGCUGACAAGAAAUCUUUAAAAUGACGGUAUCUUCAUCUAGUUGAAGGGGUUCGAGCGUAUCCUACAAAGAAAGUACAUCGUACGUUGACACGUAUCUGUCGCUGUUAUGUAUCAAUACAGACCAAGCUGAAUCA